AUGGCCGAGGGAGUCGACAAUGAUAUGAGCGAACAACAACGCGGUCAGGCCAACGUUUCGCAUGGCCAAGAGGCGGUUCGCUCUCCUCAAGUACAGUUCGCCGUUCCGGCAACAAACUCACAAACCGGGCUUGUAUCUAAGCCUACACUAAGUUCGAAUAGUUCAGCACCUAUCCCAGGACAUAAGAAAAAAAGUUCUUUCCAGAUCACCAGUGUUAUCGAGACUAAAGCCCGAAAUCGUGGUGAUAGUAAUGGAUAUGAUGGCGAUUUGAACGAAAGCGAUAUAGUUGAAGAUGAUCAUGAAGAAGUCCAAGUGGAGCUUGGUUUUUCAGAUGUAGGAACUGCAAAUGGCAAUGGUGGAUCUAGAUUUAAAGUAGUUAAACUGCAAUUAGAUAAAUCCUAUCUACGUGGCCGAUGGAAAUGCCACGACUUUCCUGAUGUGGAGUCUACGCAAUCUUCUACAAGUGUGUCUACUUUAUCUUCGGCAAAUAUAUCUGCUCAGCCUUUGAGAGACAAUGUGGAGAAAACGGACUCCCACUCUAGUGCAAGGAUAAAUUCAACUAGCAAUUCCGUUGGCAAUCAUAUAGCAAGUGAUACAGACUCGCAAUUGUCAGAAAUCCAAACGCAUGGCUCGGCUAUAAAGCCGUCGACAACACAAGCAAAUGAACACAAUUCUAUAUCAGGGGAAGUACAUAUAGCCUUGAAAAAGAAGGAUUCUGAAACAAAAUUGGGAGGUGUUGGUGAACUUGCAAAGCAUAGCGAUUCCUCAGUAGCAAGAGUUUCGUUCGGUGUGGAAAAUUUUGAUACUACUUCCCUCGAAGGAGCGCAAUUACUUGUUUCAGCAGGGUAAGUUCUCCACUAGAUAUCGAGCUGUGAGCAAUAGUCUGUAUGUGGCGCAACGUGGUGAAGGCGAUAAUCGAUUAGAGUCCCUGGAGAGUUUUCCAAAAGUCGCUGUACAACGAGCUUUUCCUCGCGUUUAGAUGGCCUAAGCAAUGUUUUCGGCUAUUGCCCCCACUUAUUUCGCUUCAAUAAGUCUUAAAUUGCAGCGUUGGAAGUUAUUGACUCUCCCAGACCACAUUAUUUAUUGAUGAUCCAUUGCUACAAGCAGACAGCUUCUUAAUUUGUUGCCGGCUUUCUCGUUCAUAAUUCUUUUGUUUAAACAUUAUAUCUUGUUCAGGGUUGACCAUAGGCAUUGUACCAUUUAGCUCAAUGUUGUGGUUUCUCAAUCGAAGAAAAUAUGUUGGCGAUGUUGUAGUAUUUUUAAACCAAGUGACCAUAAAAUUCUGAUUUGAUUCGUUCUUUGCUCUUUUACUGUACUGUUUACAAUAAUAUUAUUUGUAUUCCACGUGAGGUUUGAGGAAAGCCGGUUAUUAAGCUGGAGUUCUUCGAGUUUGUUGUGUAUUUGACGGCUGGUUAAACCAUAUUGUCACUGAUUAUAAAUAAAGUAAGUUGCCAGCUCUUUCUUAAAAGAAAUGUUUUAAAGAGAUUCCUCGAGGCAGUUUCUAAACUCCCUAUAUGUCGUACAAUAUGUAAUCGCAUUUUGUAACAAUGGCAUUUCCUGAAUUGUUCUCAGUCUAACUGACCAAAUCUCUUAAAAGUUCCUUUCCGCAAGAAAUUUGCUACCAAUGAAGCACAAAAUAGGAGUGAAAAAAUUCCUUAUUGAAAAUACAUGUAUCUUUCCUACAAAUUAGCAUUCUCUAUGAAAACUUCUGUGGUUUGGUUCAGUAUGCAGUUAUAUUGUACUUUCUGAAGACACAGAGUUAAAUCAUCUAUUUGGUAUUGCCUUUGUAAAAUGUUCAUAAAGACCCUUUAGUGUUUUGUAUUGUAAAGCUGUUUCAUGAAAAUGUAAAUGCUGUUGUAUUUUAAUUUGUUGUUGUUGAUUGUCCUUUUCUACCAUUUUUCUCUUGCCACGAAAAUGUAGCAUGAAAUGUUGUGUUUUAGCUUUGUUGUCCUGUCAAAAUGUUCCUAAAUCCCGUGGUGAUAUGCUGACAAUUUUUCAAUGGAUAAAUAAGAUGCAUAUGCCAAUGAAAUAUUGUUAGUUUUGAAUGCAUCAAAUCAGAUGUUUAUUCCUGUUUAAGUUGACGUUUGUCGGCAAAUUGGUUUUUGUAACUAGGUGAUUCACCUGAUCUUCAACUGAGGUGUAAAAUUUUGUAAAGCCAAUAUGUCCAGAAACUAAUGUUUUUCUCUCAUCUGGACAAAUGUCUAAAUCUCUGAACUUAUGGUAGUACAGGUUAAGAUGAUCAGAUCUCCCUAUCAGGGAUUUGUUUUUGUGCUCUCUGAUAAUGCUUUUCUUCCAGUGUGGCUUGUUGUUUUUCAGAACCUUUGCUGGUUAAGUGAUUUUUAAUGUUAUGCAUGUCUUUCAUGCUGUGCCGAUAGCAAAACUCAAGGCGUUAAUUUCCAUAAACGAGAGUUUGUUUUGGCUGUAUAAGUUACUUUGAGCAUGUGUAUUCUUCCUUUUUUCUGAAGGUAUUAAGGCAGUGGUAAAAAAAAGAGUACAGGUUGUUUUUUUAGCUCUUGCUGUGAACAGGGUUAUUAGUUGUUUGACAUUUGCAGUGGCCUUCCGGGCAAGUUUAAUCUGAGAAGGCAUUACCUCAUCAAAGAAAAAUUCCAUCUGCUGUGUUUUAGCAUGGUCAAAGUUUUUCUGUAGUUGAGAUACAUUUACCAUCUUCCUUGUGCAGCUGCAGCGAUCUCAGUUGAGAAUCAGUUACUGUGUUCCACGCAUUCUUUUUAAGUAUUUAGAUUGCACCAAAGAGUGAAAAUGUGAAUUUUUAUUAGAAAAAGACUGUUUUAGUUUUAGAUAUCAUUGUUAUGCUCCUUUGAAGCUGUUAUCAUUUGUCUUUAUUUUCUAAAAAAGGAGUUAAAAAAAUAACUGAAUUUAACUUCCUUAUCAGUGAUGCAAGUUACUUAAUCUGCAGAGAGGAACUUGUAAAAUGGUAAUAUUACUGUAUUUCUAUUUUGAGAGCCAAUGUUUAUGCACAUAUUUUAUCCAUAUUUUUGCAAGAGUUGUGUAUAAUCUUGUUCAGCCACUUUUUGAAGAAAUGAAGUUUUUUUUACCCAUGAAGCCCAUGGACACCAAGAUUUCUUUUGGAAUACUCUGAUUAACCAAUUUUGUUGGUUGAGUCGCUGAAGUAAAAGAAACAAGCAAGCAUAUUAUUUUUAUUGUAACUCACAGGCUGUGUAAAUACUCACGGGUUAUUUUUUGGUAAAAUAUUCAAAUUUGCACAGGUGAAGCAUAAGUUUCUAGAAAUUACUGUAGUUAUGUCCCACUUUAUUUCUAAUAUUGUAUCCCUGAGGAUGUGAGUGUUGUAUCUGCAGAAGAAUAGCCAUGAGUAUCUUGUAUAGAAACAACAUUAAAAUUGCCCAAGUGGGUUUAGUCUGAAAGGACCAUAUUUUCUGCUCCAGCGAUACAGGCUAAUUCUCAACAGACUAUUUAGAACAAUGUUUUGGUGGUUACAGCAAAGACCACCGAUCAAACAAAGGUGUCUGAUUUUACCAGAUUUUUUUAGCAAAUUUUUGUAGAAUAAAGAAGCAAUUAUUUUAAGUCUCAUUUUCUUGCAAGGAGAUCAUAAUGUAUUACCUGAGGAAGCCAAGACAUGCCUGUCGAAAUAUCGGAUAUAGUCAAACCUCCCAUAAGCGACCACCGAAAAUGGGAUGAGUUGGUGGUCUCUCACGAGAAUUCGAACUGCAAGAGGUCUCUUACAAAAAGAAGUCCAGACACGUCCACUUCUUGGAGUUAAUGUAUUGCAAGGAAUUUUUAAGGUCACAACAUAUGUAAAUCAUGUUUCUAAAAGAUCUUCUCCUUGAGUCGUACUUUUUUAUUUCUACUGAGAACUUAGCACUUUGUCAUUGGAAACGAACAAAAAUGUUUGCAUUGCUCGUACCUAAAGUAAAUAUUAGAGAGCUUUAGAUUCUGAGAUGAGGACAACUAUGAGUAUGAGAUUUUCUCAGUACUAACUAGUGCUCUAGCGUGAACCUUGACUUUUUGGCGGGAAAACGCGAUAGCUGUCUUCAUUCUACCACAAGUUUUAGCCAGUAAUCGUUUUUAAGGUUACAACAUAUGUAAAUCAUGUUGUUUCUAAAAGAUCUUCUCAUACUCUGUGUACCCUUUGCAUACACUGAACAUAAAGAUUAGACCAUGGUAUCACAGGGUUUGUACAGGUCAUGGAAAACCUGGAAAGUCAUGGAAUUUAAGAAUGUUAUUUUCCAGGCCUGGAAAGUCAUGGAGUUUAAAUGUCGGUCCUUGAAAGUCAUGGGAAAUGAAAAUUUUGUUUGGUAGCUUAGUUACUGCAGAUGACAAAUCAAGGACAAUUUAGGAUAGAGAGGAGUAAUUAAAGAGUGCAAAUGGCAUGCGUUUUGGUGGCCACCUGAGUUUGUGUCUAUUGAACUGUUUAAGGUCAAAAAAUACCCCCAAAAAAGGAAAAUUGUGAACAUUUUUUAAAGUGACAACUAAACCAAAGGUCAUGGAAAAAGUCAUGGAAAUUCAUGGAAUUUGAAAAGCGCAAAAGAGUACGAACCCUGUAUCAUGAGGCCACUUAAAAAAGGUUAAUAACAAUGGAGAAUUCUAAAACCGUCUCCUAAAAAGUGGUCGUGGUCGCUUAUGAGAGGUUCCAACUGUAAAUCCUUAACUGGGAAAAUUGUGGCUUUUUGGAUAAGUGGUCACUCAUGGGAGGUACCGUAUUUCUUCACCUAUAAGCCGAUCUCGGCUAUAAGCCGAGACCCUGAAAGUCAGGGUCUUUACGCUAGACUCAAGCUGCCCAAAAAAAAAGGUAAAACCAUCGGCUAUAAGCCGAGAGCGAAAUUAAACACAUGUUGGUUGGAAUGUACUUACAUGUAGGCUUUUAACCUUUUAUCCUUUCAACUGCGGCGGGAUUAGCUCAUUCGGUAGAGCGCUUGACUGCAGAGCGGGAGGUCGUGGGUUCAAUUCCCAGGGCCGGAACAAUACUCAGGGUCUUAAAAUAACUGAGAAAUGAAGGUACUUCCUUUGCCCUGCAAGUGGCUGGACCUUUACAUGGCUUGGAUGACCAUGUGAAAUGGCAGUCCCGUCUCCAGUAGGAGACGUAAAAAACAGUGUCCCCAAUUAGUAUUUUUGUGCUAAAUACAUUGACACUGAAAGAAAGUGCAUUAUUUAUUUAUUUAUUUAUUUAUUUAUUUUGUAGCUAUACAGCAAGAAUUGAAUCAUAUAAUUUUGGGGAAGGGAAAGUGAUGAUACUUUUGGCUUUUUCUCUUUCAGACAAGGCACUGCAGAUGCUGAGAUGCCUAUUGUAAAUAAAAUUGCUACGGCAAUGGUAUGUGGACUCAUGGUUUAUCUUUUAUAUCAAAGCUGAUUGGCUUGUAUGUGUGCAUCAGGCUGCAAAGAAAGUCAGUUUUACAGCUUGCUAUUUGGGCAACUAGCCCUCAAAAAAUUAUUGACCAGCAGGACUGAUUACAGCUCUUCCGUGAUUUGAAUUCCCCUAGAAACUUCACUUGCCCUUCUGGCAAGUUCUGAACAGAAUUUACUAGCCCAAUAGCAAAAUCCACUAGCCCUGGGCUAUCAGACACUACUUUCUUUGCGCGCAGGGGCAUGUGUAGAGUAUUUAUUUGAAAGUAAAUUGUAUUAGUUAUCCUAGGUUGACUUGCUUGCAAAUUAAUGAAUUCAAAUGUUCAGUAAUCUUGUGUAAAACAAAUUGAAACAAUUUGUUUCUGGAUGACUCUACAAUCAGUGAAGAAAGAGUAGUUCAGGUCUUAACUGGGUUAUUGUUUUUCUUCAGCUGGUCAGAGGUAAUCAGUACGUGGCUAAUCAUCUCUGAGCUAGCCAAUCAGCACUAUUCUUUUUUGUAGUAUAUGUUAUGUGGCUAAAUGUAAUUUAGGCAAAGUUAACCUCGAAGCAGUGCUGGUCAGCUGUUUCCCCAGCUAUAGUAGGGGUGGCCCGAUGCCUUUAGCAGGGGCUUAUAUACGCAGUUGUUUGCUUGCAGUUCUUCGCAAAGUGUCAUUGCAAUAGCUUGCUGUUUGCGUGCCAGUUUGUGCUUUUGUAAACCAUAUACUAAUGUUAUAAUUAAUACUAUCUUUGUCCCUGCAGGAACAAAUUACUCAGAUUAAGUCAGACCUACUUAGUGUUGUAAACAAAGAAGUUCAGACAUUAAAGGAAACAAUAUCCAAACUCACUGAGGAAAAUCAGGAACUUAAACAAGAAAAUGAAAAAUUACGGACCUUGGUGGAAAGCAAGCACUCUACAUGA